GAAAAUAAAAAAACCAACUCAUUCAUACCACACACUCACUCACUCUUUCAGACGCAACCAGACUCCCUCAGACACGGCAAGCUAGCAAAUCCAAACCCCCAACCCAAGCCCUCUCUAAAAAGACAAUGCCAUACACUCAAUUCCAAAUCCUCACUCCCUCCUCGCCAUGACCAAAACCCACCCAUGUCUUCUUCUUCCUCCUCCUCCGCCCUCCGCCGCCUGAUCGACUCCGACUCCCAUCACCUCCCGUCCCCUAACUAUCUCUCCCUCUGCCGUGACCGCACCGUCGACGUCACCGCCCGCCAGGACUCCAUCAACUGGAUCUUGAAAGUCCACUCCCACUACCGCUUUGCCCCGCUCACGGCGUUCCUCUCCGUCAACUACUUGGACCGAUUCCUCUCCACCCGCUCCCUCCCGCAACAGCAUGGGCGGUGGCCGUUUCAGCUGCUCUCGGUGGCGUGCUUGUCUUUAGCGGCCAAGAUGGAGGAGCCUAAUGUUCCCUACAUCGUCGACCUCCAAAUCUUCGAGCCAAGAUUCGUCUUCGAACCCAAAACGGUCCAAAGAAUGGAGCUUUUGGUCAUGUCCAGUCUCAACUGGAGACUCCGCUCCGUCACACCCUUCGAUUUCCUCCCCCAUUUCAUCUCUAAGCUCCCCGCUUCUUCCCCUCUCGACCUUCACGAGGCUUCUUCUGAUCUGGUUCUCAAAACCAUACGAGUGAUUGAUUUCUUGGGUUUUUCACCGUCGACGGUGGCGGCGGCGGCUGUGCUCUGCGCCACUGGCGUAAGCGUCGAGUCUGCGGCGGCGGAAGACCAAGCAGGAGCGUUGUUUGACGAAAGAGUAAACAAAGAAAGUGUGAGAAGCUGUCACCAACUCAUGGAGGAGUACCUGAUCGACACGUGUCCCUCAUCCUGCCGCCAUAAAGCUGGUAGCUCAGCCCCGCCUCCGUCCGCGCCCGCCAGCCCCGUCGGUGUGCUCGACGCGGCCGCUUGCAAGAGUUGCGACACCCGCUCUGAGAAUCCGGGGGCCUUAAUCCAAGCGGAGCCGCCCCACAAACGUCCCCGAAUUUCUCCUCCGGAAAAUGUACAAUCUCCGUAGACAGAGUUAAAAGAGAAGUGAAAUGGCUCCUAUUUUCGGAGUUUCGUCCUAUAAAUUUUGUUCAAUUUUCGGUCGGAAUUAGGAAGUGAGAGAUAGAAAGGGACCAUUGCUGUCAAUUUUAUUAUUUACUGUUAUUAUUACUCCAAUAUCUAUAGAAUAUGGGGGCUGUAGUGAACUGAUGGUUCAAUUAUGAUU